AUGGAUAAAAUUUUCAUUCAGUCUCCUCGUGUCACGUGCGCGCAUCACCAUAGGAUUUCACAUCCCAUCAACUCUUUUUGUCCAUCUCACCUUCCCAACCAUCUUUCCCCCCCUCCCUUUCCCCCAUGCCCCCUCUCUCCCCCCCCACACACACUUCCCCGCAUCACACGGCAGUCGUACGGCCUGCGAGCGCACUACGCGGACUAUCCCGUGCUGCUCUCCUACCCGCUGCGCCAGUCGCUCCGCCUCGUGCGCCCCGUCGUGCACAACUUCUCGCUGCGCGAGGAGCCCGUCCACGGCGAUCCGUUUAGCGCCUCGCGCGCCGCCACCGAUCCUUUUAACGCGUAUUCCGGUAGCGGGAGGGUCGGCGGGAAGGCCAGCGGGAGGGUGAGCGGAAAGGGGGCGGGAGAGGAGGAGGCGGAGGGGGAAGGAGCGGGAGAGGCGGAAGGAGCAGCGGUGGUGUAUGCGAAUUAUGGGCGCAUGGAAGAUUUUGAAGAGCUGGUGGCGGCGAUUGGGGAGGAGCAGGUGAAAGGCGCAGUGGCGCUGAUUCGUUAUGGAAAGACUUUUAGAGGGGAUAAGGUUCGGAAUGCAGAGAGGUUCGGCGUGGCAGCAGUGCUGCUGUACUCUGACCCAGCGGAUUACGCACCAGAGGGCACAGAUGCGGAGCAUGUGUACCCGCAGCAGCAAUGGCUGCCUGCUACUGGCGCUCAGCGAGGCACCAUCUACACAGGCAAGGGUGACCCAGCCACGCCUGGCUGGCCGUCCCACCCUGGCGGAGAGAGAUUAAGCGAUGAGGAAACAGCCAAGCGCCUGCCGCGCAUCCCGGUGCUGCCAGUGGGGUAUUCGGUGGCGGGGAGCAUCAUGGCGCACAUGGGGGGGAGGGCAGUGCCGGAGGAGUGGCGUGGCGGCAUGGAUGGCGUGGAGUAUGUGUUUGGGCCGGGGCCUGCUGCUGUUGACAUGGAAGUGCAGAUGAACGCCACAGUCACCACCAUUCGCAACGUCAUUGGCGUGCUGCCAGGCUCCCACCAGCCCGACAGGUACAUCAUAUUGGGCAACCAUCGCGAUGCGUGGGUGUUUGGCGCUGCAGAUCCCAACAGCGGCACCACCUGCUUGCUCGAGGUGGCGCGUGCGUUUGGCCACAUGGCAGCACAUGGUUGGCCGCCUCGCCGCUCGCUUGUGUUUGCCAGCUGGGAUGCCGAGGAGUACGGAUGUUUGGGAUCGACAGAGUGGGCAGAGGACAAUGCACCGGUCCUAGCAACAGCAGCCAUGGCGUACAUCAACGUGGACGUGGCUGUGGGGGGAGGGGGCUUCCAUGCCUCCUCCACCCCGCAGCUUGAUGACCUCAUCCGUGACGUCAGCAGCCAGGUGGCCAGUCCUGACGGUCCAGCUGGCGAGUCGAUAUUGGAGGGGUGGGCGGCUGAGCACAACACGUCAGAGCCUGAGUUGGGCCGGCUGGGAGGGGGGGGCAGCGACUAUGCAGCAUUUCUGCAGCACCUUGGGAUUGCCGCAGCAGACACUCACUUUGGAGGAUCCUACCCCAUGUAUCACAGUGUGUAUGACAACUAUCAUUGGAUGGCCACCUUUGCCGAUCCACUCUUCAAGCGCCACGUGGCAGUCACCAAGAUGAUGGCUGGCGUGGCUGCCAGGCUGGCAGGCGACCAUCGCCUGCCCUUCAACUACUCCGCCUACGCUAUCCACCUGGAGCAUGACGUGGCAAGGCUGCAGGCUGACGUGGCGGCACAAGGCGCCCCGUCAUCUCUCUCAGUGGAGCCGCUCUUUGCAUCUGUCUCUCGCCUCCUGACUGGUGCUCAAGGCAUUGAAGUGGAAAUUCAGCUGCUGCUCAAGGCAUUUAAGAAGAUAUUCAGCCCCAUCUCACACCCCCGAAUCCCAUGCACCCCUCCCACCACCACCACAGCAAAUCGCAGCGGCCAGCAGCAGAGCAUGCAGGUGCACGUGGGGGAGGGGUUGCCCCAUGGAGGGCGCAUCUGGGGAAGGCGCCAACUGAGGCCAUUCACCCCCAUCCCACACCCUCCCACCCCGCCACCCCUCCCACCACCACAGCAAAUCGCAGCGUCCAGCAGCAGCGCGUGCAGGUGCACAAGGGGGAGGGGAUGCCCCAUGGAGGAAGGCGCCAACUGCCCGUCAUCCAAGGCAUUCGACGCAGUGAACGAGCGCCUCUUCCUGGCUGAGCGGGGGUUCCUGGACGGGCACGGAAUCGGGCCUCACUACACGUGGUUCAAGCACCUGGUGGGUGGAAGGGACGAGUCAUGGUGUGAGGUAGAAUGGGCGGGGGUGCAUUUCGGUGGGUUUGCUGUGGUGCUCAAGUGUGGGACAGGGGAGCUGUAUUGGAGGGGGUAA